AUGGAGGCAAGUCACGUCCCCGUCCCUGCGCUGGCCACGGAGCCGCAGUUCGCCCAGCGCCUCAGGGAGCAUUUGGAAGAGGAGCGGCUCCUGGACGGGCGUUACCGGCUGCAAGACGUGCCCGGGGGCCGUGUGGCCCUGCCUGUGCUGGAGGAGAAGCUCUCCCAGAUGCGGCUGCCCCAGGAGAUGCCCUGUGGGCUGGUCUGGAUCCAGGACCCCAUCCCCUCCCGGGCAGCCUGCCGGCAGACACCUGCCAAGAAGCUGAGGGAUGAGCUGCGGCGGCUGCUGGGCGAGAGCUGGUCGGAGGAGCUGGAGCGUGACGUGCCCCGCGCCUGGCAGCGGCAUGGGGAUCUGGUCCUGCUGAGCGAGGACAGCUUCAGGGCUGCGCUAUGGGAGAAGCUGGGUCCGGCGCUCUGGGAGACAGUCGCCUCGGCUCUGGGUGCCCAGCGGCUGGCCAGGCAAGGACGGGUGUUGCCGGAUGGGAUGCGGUCCCCCAGUGUCACCCUGCUGCUGGGCGAGGAUGGCUGGGUGGAGCACGUGGACAACGGGAUCAGGUACACGUUUGACGUGACCAAGUGCAUGUUCUCACUGGGCAACAUCACGGAGAAGCUGCGCGUGGCCUCGCUGCCCUGCUCCGGGGAGGUCCUGGUGGAUCUCUACGCAGGCAUCGGCUAUUUCACACUGCCGUACCUCGUUCACGCAGGGGCCGCCUUUGCCCACGCCUGCGAGUGGAACGGCCACGCCGUCGAGGCCCUGCGGAGGAACCUGGCGCUGAACGGCGUGCAGGACCGCUGCCGCAUCCACCACGGGGACAGCAGGCAGCUGGAGCUGCGGGACGUAGCGGACCGGGUGAAUCUGGGACUGAUUCCCAGCUCGGAGGAGGGCUGGCCGGUGGCCUGCCGCGUCCUGAAGAGGGGCACAGGCGGCGUUCUCCACAUCCACCACAACGUGGAGUCUCGCCCCACACCGACCCCAGUCCUGCGGGCUGAGCGGGGCUCUCCAGGGGCAGCUGGCUCUGAUGGAGAGGCGCAGCACCCAACGGAGGACAGUGGGAAGGAGACACCGGGGGCCAGGAUCAAAUCUGAGUGGCAGAGGUGGGCUGAAGCCACGGCAGCACGGAUCCGGGGGCUGCUGGCGGAGCUGCAUGGGCAGCCGUGGCGCACCAGCGUCCUGCACAUCGAGGCAGUGAAGUCCUACGCGCCCCACGUGCAUCACCUCGUACUGGACCUUGAGUGCCGGCCGACGCUGCUGGCCUAG